UUUUGACAGAAAAAUGGAAAUUACCACCGUCGUUCCACACAUGUAACGAAACGAGCGUAUAUAUUUAACUAUAUAUUAAAAUUACUGUAUUUUAUGGAAGUCUUUUCCAAAGCAUUGUGCUAGCAGCAUUGUGCUUUUCCAAUCCAUUGGACCAGCGGAUGUCGGCAAGCAGUGUUGCAAACGCUUGAAAACAGUGAACCAUUUUGGUUCGGUGUCGAUAAACAUCGUUUCUCUCAUCCCUAUAUCGGGCAUGUUUGAGAAACGAUGUGCAGAGUGACUCAAGGGGCGAUGUGAUUUGGGGAACUGGUUCAACCGGUUCACAGAGAAGCACCGGUGCUACUCGCAAGGAACUAUUCGUUUACUAAGCCGAUAGCGUUUGUCUAAGAAACUAGAAACUACACAGUCCAUAAGGCUUUGCAGGGGGCGCUCUGAGUCCUAAAGAAACAUGAACUAUGCUAGAUUUUUGACGGCUGUAAGCGCAGCACGGAAACCUUCACCUAUUCGCCUGUUGACUGAGCUUCAGCAAAGAUCUCCUCCAUCUCUGAUCUCCCUGGCUGGAGGUGCCCCAAACCCCAACACCUUCCCUUUCCAGUCUGCCACGAUUAAAGUGAAGGGUGGAGAUGAUGUGGUGUUUGAUGAGACUGUGAUGAAGAGAGCGCUUCAAUACUCUGGCUCAUAUGGUAUUCCAGAGCUGGUGUCAUGGAUGAAGAACCUCCAGGAGAGUCUCCACAACCCUCCUACUGCCAGCUACAGCCCAGAGAAAGGACAAAUGGAAUUGUGUGUCACUACAGGCAGCCAGGAGGGCCUCUGCAAAAUAUUUGAGAUGCUUGUCAAUCGUGGUGACAAUGUCCUCCUUGAUGCACCUACAUACUCAGGAACUUUGGCAGCGCUUCAGCCGCUGGGCUGCAACAUCAUUAAUGUGCCGAGUGAUCAGUAUGGAAUAAUCCCGAAAAGCUUAAAGGGCGUUCUGGCACAGUGGGAUCCAGCAGAUGUGCAAAACACGGGUAGUACUGUACCAAGACUUCUGUACACCAUCCCCAAUGGAGGAAAUCCAACUGGAGCAUCAAUGACUUUGGAGAGGAAACAGGAAGUCUACGAACUUGCAAGGAAAUAUGACUUGCUUAUCAUUGAGGAUGACCCAUAUUAUUUCCUUCAGUUCCAAAAACCUUGGGCACCGACGUUUCUUUCCAUGGAUGUUGAUGGACGAGUCCUUCGAACGGACUCUUUCUCUAAAAUUCUGUCAUCAGGGUUAAGGGUUGGAUUUAUCACAGGGCCGAAACCAUUAGUGGACAGAGUGGUACUGCAUAUACAGGCCUCUACGAUGCACACCAGCACCUUCACACAGCUGAUGAUUUCUCAGCUGUUGCAUAGUUGGGGUCAAGAUGGCUUUCUUAAGCACAUUGAUGGGGUCAUUGAGUUUUACAGAUGUCAGAGGAAUGCCAUGCUCUCCUCAGCAGACAAAUGGCUUAAAGAUGUUGCUGAGUGGCAUCCUCCCAUGGCUGGCAUGUUCCUGUGGAUUAAACUCAAGGACAUUAAAGACACACAACAGCUUAUAAUGGAAAGAGCUUUAGAGAAAGAGGUUCUUCUGGUGCCUGGAGGAGCAUUUAACAUCAACAGCUCAGACCCAUCUCCAUAUGUUAGAGCCGCCUUUUCUCUCUCCACACCUCAACAGAUCGAUGAGGCUUUUAGGAGACUCGCUGAUCUUAUUAAGGAUGCCAUGUGCUUGACUGAUUCCCAGAAAGGACGAGUUAAGGGUCUGAUACAUACAGUCUAAAUCACAAAUAAAAUCCUGCGGUCACAUGCCACAACUGAAAAUCUGAAAUUCUAUAAACCUCAGUAACGUCAUCAUUACAGUAAUCCUUUAUUCCCCUUUUAAACCAAAUUUUCACACUCCAGUCAAUAUCAGAUAACAACACUUUAAUUAAAAUAUCACUAUGAUAAUGAAUAUCAUUUGAGUAUUAAGUGUGGAUUACAACACAUCACGAUAAAACUUCUUUUUAUAAGGAGAUUCAUUUGAUUUCAAAACUUUAAUGUAGUUUAAAGAGUAACGUUUGACAGUGAUAUGGAUGUAUUUACUUGUUUUAAACCAUGCAAGUAAGUACUUAACCUCAACGCAAGUUCACCAGCUUAAUGAGUGUGUGUCUUGUUUCUUUCACACAACAGAGCUUUGUAUACAGUACUCAGGGAAAGGGCUUCUUAAGAACUUGGACGCUCUUUUUUGCAUGAACUUGGGAGUGUGUGUAUUUUGCUUAGAUGGCUUAUUCACCAGUUUCUUUUAAGUUUUAUCAGUUACGCAAACCGGUAAUAAAGAUACUUCUCAUCAAAAGUGGUCAAAGUGCUGCAAAAGUGAAUUGACAUUGACCAACAAGAGCGGUUUUCUUGAAUCAAAUGCGCAAGCGAGUAGACAGUUUACUGAAUGCAUUACCAGACAAUUUUGGUCUCAGACAAUUCAAACAGGAUUUAUGCAAGUUGCCAUGUAUACAAAAUAGAACUGGGACUACCAUGACGUUGAUGUUAAAUGGUAAAAUCAUGGUACUUUGAUUGAUGUAAUGGUGCUAAAUGUAUAAUAUAUUCAUAUAUAGGCUACCAUCUGAUACCAUCUGACGCUGCUUGAUACCACCAUGGCAUUACCACUGUACAUGUAUGCAAAACUGUGAUAUUUACCUGUGAUUUUAAGUUUAGAUUCAAAAAUAAAAAAGCAAAUAUGUUUGCCGUUAUGUGUGUCAACAGGGUGAGCUUUUCAGGGUUAUGCCACUUUAUUUAUAUAAAACUAGAUCACCAUAAUGUUUUGGACAUGGCACCAGGGCAAUGUAAUUUUAGUGCUACUAUAGUAUUCUUUCACAUUUACAUUGUCAUUUAGCAGACGCUUUUAUCCAAAGCGACUUACAAAUGAGGUAAACAAUAGAAGCAAUUGCAUAAGGACAACAAAAAGCACAAGUGCAGUAAAACUGGUCUCAUAUAGCCUACCACAGUAUACAAAGCAAAGUAGAAAGAGUAGAGAAGAAAUAUACGUCAGAACUGGUCGGUCAGGUGCUGACGGAAGAAAUGUGUUUUCAGCCGAUUCUUAAAGAUGGCUACAGAAUCUGCUGAUCUUGUGGCAGCGGGCAGAUCAUUCACAAAUGUGGAACAGAUCCAGAGAAGGUACGUGAGAGUGAUUUUUUUCCCUUUUUGGGAUGGCACAAGACGUCGUUGGUUUGCAGAGCGUAGGGAUCUGGCUGGUACAUAAGUCUGCGAGUGAAGAUAAGGGGGUGCCGAACCAGUGGUGGUCUUGUAGGCCAAGAGCAGAGCUUUGAAUUUGAUGUGAGCGACUGUAGGGAGCCAAUGUAACCUAAUGAAGAGAGGAGUGACGUGUGCUCUCUUCGGUUCAUUGAAGACCACUCUUGCAGGUGCAUUCUGGAUCAUCUGUAGCGGUUUGGUUGUGCAAGCUGGGAGUCCAGCCAGUAGUGCAUUAGAACAGUACAGUCUCGACUAGGACUUGCGUAGCGUGCUCGGACAGGAAAGGUCUAAUUUUCCUAAUGUUGUAAGGAUGA